AGAAUGUAACUGUCGGCUGUGCGCUGCUGCCCGUGAUGUGAACAGUGGAAUCAUAAUGGCGACUGCUGGAACAGCAGACUCGGGAUCAACAGCCCCGACAGGUAUUUAGACUCCGACCAUCCCUUCAUUUUUGUCUGCAAACGAACGUUCAAGCUGAUCUGUUGAACCUGUCCGUGUCGAUGAAAACGGUUUCAGUCGCUGAUUUGCGGUUUAUCGGGUCCCGGUUAGCCGGUUUAGCCGUUAGCAUUGAAACCUCACAAAUGAAGUAACCGUCGACCAGCGUGUUUGACUGAAUAGAUGAUAUAUCUUAAUGAAUGUUGUUUUAUUUGGUUGAUCAAAGCUAGAAAUGAUCGAGUAUUAAUUUGCAGCAUGUAUCCUUAUAUGUAGCAGGAAUAUCGUUGGUGCUGUGCUAGCUGAUAUGUUUUAUUAUUUAACCCGUUAUUUCGUUCACUGCUUCACUCGGUGUUUGUUCUGACCGGUUAUCUGCACCGGGAUGAAAACUAAUGAGAAUAAGUCCAUUACCAGUGUGCAGUAAGUGAAGAGGACAUACAGUCCAGAACUGCUCUUCCAGUCUGGGGGACUAUAUUGUGCUCUCCUCUCAGCCUUCAUCGCCUGUUCCACCCUCCGCUUCCUCUGUCUCUGUGUCUCUCAGAUCUGUGGUUAAGUUUUCUGGUGAAUUCACUGCGUAUUUGGAGCUUCAUCCCUCCAUCAUUUACGCCUGAAAUUUACACAUUAUAGAUUCUACACAAGCUUCUCAUAUAGAUCCAGUCAAUUAAUUAAAGGGAUAUUCCGGCGUAAAAUUAAUUUAGGGUCAAAAACACCGUUACACCGAGUUAGACACCCCCUCCAGAAUGCCGACCGCUUGCUUCUCUAGUUAUACCAACUUUAGGAAUGACCUCAGCUUGUUUGUAGCGAGACCUCAGACCAGUCCAUUACAGGCUGCAGCGGGGUGACGCAGCUCAAGGAAGAACAUUUAUGACUAUAACUUGAUGGAAAUGCAAUCAGACCUAGACGCUAAGGCAGAAGAAAUAUCACGUCUGCAGUGCAAAAUGACCAAUAUGGUGAUUAUUACUUCAAGGAAAUGAUAAAGAAAUGAUCAUAAAUGUUCUUCCUUGAGCUGCGUCACCCCACAGUAGUCCAUAAUAGACUGGCUGGAGGUCUCGCUACAAACAAGCGGCUGCUGGAAGAUAGUAGGUGAUUUGUGUUUAGUCUCUUUGCUAAAGAAAUUAAAAAGAUGUUUGGUGGCUUGUGCUUUGUUCAUGGCUCCUCAGACCGCACGAUAGCAAUACAGAGAGGUCCUUGAAUUAAUUUUACGCCGGAAUAUCCCUUUAAUGAAUAUGAAAACAGUCUUCUCAUUGUUGAUGCAGUGAUCCUUCUUUGUUUGCUGUGGCCACACAGACACAGAUGGGUUGUGGAGGGGCAGUUUAAGUUCUUCAAGAGGUUUCUGACUUUUCUGAGGAGUGGACAGAUGAUGGCCACGCCGUGUCUUGUUAAUCCAGUCAGUUGUGCGUCACCCAUUACCGUCUCUCUACGCAGAGGAGUUGCUCCAACCUUUGCAGCCACUCAGUCUGAAUCAGUGAAUAAAAAUAGUGGCUUCUGAGCACUCUUCUCGCUCCCACAUGGCAGAGAGCCCCCAACUGUACAAAUACAAGAUAUAGCAUUCUGACACUCACACAGAGGCUUGAGUAGCAGUAACAUAAUGUGAUAUUCCUACUAGCCCUUAUUGGCCUUGUUUCCCUAUCAGGCUAACAACCGGUGUAUUUAUGGAGGCUUCAUAGGCAGAAAAUUAUGUUAGAAGUGUGUGUGUGUGUGUGUGUGUGUGUGUGUGUCCCAUAUUAUUGCCUUGUGCAGGCUGCAGGCUACAUGUGAACAAGGUUGGCAGGGAGUUGUUUAGUAUACAGAGAGGAACAGAUGGGUCGUCAUUGUUAUUAGGCCCGUCACUGACGAGCUCAAAUUAUAGUAAGUAAUUGGCUUUAGUCCAGUCAUUCCUACCCGGAAUUUACUGCCCAGUGUGUUAUAUUAUCUAGUCCUGCAUUGACUUUUCCAGAAAAAAAAGCACUGUAGUUGAAUGAAGACCACAGUUAAUGGUUGUUUAUUUGACAAAUUUGAGAUUGUCAUACAUGUUGUGAUUUUAUUUUAUUUUUUUAUAAAACUAUCUGGUUAUGAAAUAGUGUCUGCAUGCCGUGUUUGGUGCUGCUCAUAAACCGGUGAAAAACAGGCUGAUUAUGUCCUGCUCCACAGAUAUUAGGACUCAGUUCUGGAGGAGAGCGUUGCAGCGAGGUACUUGCAUGGGUGUGCCGGAGUGUUUCUGUGUGUGUGAGCAGAAACUGCAACCAUAGUGAUGAUAUAGUGUGUAGCUUUACAUAAUGAAGGGGGAAUGUGGGCAGCAGAGUGAUGCUCAUUGUCUCCUAGGGGAUUGCUGUUUGUGUCCUUGUUAACUGAGAAGAGCUGCAUGGCAUUCAGUGAUUCUGCCUCAUUAUUAACACUCCCACCUCUCUCUGGUUGAAGUGUGCUCUCACUGUCUGUGCAUGGUCUGGAUUGAGUCUGCUGGGAGUAGAUUAAUUCUCAUUACUACAGCUGGACAGUGUUUUCAGCAUCAUUUUGUUUAUAUUGACCUGUGCUGCUGCGGCAUUGAAGUAGAUGUUGCCAUUGGAUACAGGCUAGAAGUUCUUGUACAGUGGGCGAGAUAGUAGGUUUAAAAGCAAGUUUACAUAAGGAUACAGGAUAUCAAGUCGAGUAUUACUUUAUCAUCUCCGUGUGCCCUUUUAUAAAACUAGUUUGCGCUGCUGCUCAUGUGUGGCAGUUUUAUUUCUUAUCUUUGGUGAAAAAGCCUGAAAUUUCACCUCUUUUUUAAAGCUUCAUUGGUCUUCAAAUCAAGCAGGAUGCAAAAAUCAAAGCACAGGAGUCAUAAUGAAACACAAAGUAGGUUGUAUUUUCAAAUGAGGUGGCGCAGAGUCGACACACAUCUUCAGGGACAUGAUGAAUCUGGAGCAGCUGGCUCAGGGGAGAAGAAGUUCCAGUUCACAGUGAGCUGGCAGUAUAGGGGACAGCAGUCAGUAACUGAGUCCACAUUUAGGUCUGCUGCUUGAUAAUAUCAGCCAACACGGCUAAUAGUCCUGCUAAUUAACCAGCAGAGGGAUUAUCACACAGCCAAUAACAAAUUCUUUCAUGUUCAAAGCUGCAGACUCAUUUUCAGAGUUCACAUUUCUGACUGUAAACAAAGAUACAACAGAGUGGAGUCCAAACAAGAAAACCAGCUUUUCCUUUAGUGAUUUUUUUACUUUGAGGUUCUCGAGAGGAAGAUCAUUUCUUGUGCUGUAAAACCUAUUUAACUCCUUUUUCUGUCUUUAGGGACCAGUGGUAUUCGAAAAAUGGCCCCUCAAGAGGUAAGAACUUCAGAAACGUCAUUAUUGAACUUAAAAACAUGUCUGUGUUGUGCACCGUUUUGUAAAUGUUAAACUAGUGAGCCCUGCGGGGGGAAAAAGAACAGGUUCAGAAAGGUAAAGUGUGGCGUCAUACGGCCUUGUUCAGAAUGAGACAUGUGUGUUUUUGAAGUAGGAGUUAUUUGUCUCCCUAGUAGUGACAACAAGACUGUUUCUUGAACUGUUAGUUAGCCAGGAGCUGUAAAAAAAGGCACAAUGAAUCAAAAUAAAGGCGAACAUUAGAAGAGUUCAGAUUAGCAGGAGUUUAUUUAUUAUCAGAAACAAGGAAACAAAUGUGUGAAGAACUGCAGCCACAGUCUCAAGGAACUCAAAGUCAACUUAGAGGUGUCAGUAAUCACCAACUGAAGGCAAAGAGAAAAUCUUUUAACCGCUCUUCCUCCAUUAUAAGUUGACCCUUGUGGAAAGUUCAGGAACCUGUCAGCUGGGCUGGUAUGACUUUAUGCAGCUGUCAUGUGAAGAUGGUUAUCCCAAUGCAGCUCUGAUACAGCUGCCUCUUUGUGCCCUGUAAACACGAGCACAAACACAUGUUUUUCUCUCGGCCUUUCUCUGCAGAUGCCUGGGUCUUCAGGCACCACUCAGAGUAUGAAGAAGACCAUUGGACACCGGGGGGUUGAGACCACCACAGGAGAGACCACCUAUAAAAAGGUUAGAAGAGGGUUUGGGGGUUAGGAUGGUGUUGGGUGGUCAGUGACCCCUAUGUUUAAUUUUGCACCCACAACACUGGACAGAGGGGAUUAAAGGGAAAGGUGUAAGUUGUUUAUAUUUUUAAAACAAUUGAGAAACUCGUCUCAUAGACGCACAAACAGUCAUGACAUCACAGGGUUGAAAUGGUUUAGUCCAGUCUUUCUGAACUUCCUCUCUCUGACCUCUCUAGACCACAUCGUCUGCUCUAAAAGGUGCCAUCCAGCUGGGUAUCACUCACACAGUCGGCAGCUUAAGCCAAAAGGCUGAAAGGGAUGUUCUGAUGCAGGACUUUGUGGUGGUGGAAAGCAUCUUCUUCCCCAGGUUGGUACCAGAGCCUUCACUUGAGUAAAUAUGGGGAAUUUGUGGUUUUUAAUGUAAUGGAGUUAAAGGUCCCGGUGUUUUUGUGUUUUUCUAGUGAAGGCAGUAACCUGACCCCUGCUCACCACUACAGCGACUUUCGCUUCAAGACAUAUGCUCCUAUUGCCUUUCGCUACUUCAGAGAACUGUUCGGCAUCCGGCCAGACGACUACCUGGUCAGUAUUUAUACCAAACAUGUUCAUAUAAGAAGCAUCAGCUCUUGAUAUUGGAUUCAGACAGUGUUACAUCAUUGGUUGUAAUGCAGGAAUUUAAUGUUUAGCUUGAAAUUCAGAGACAGAAUAAUAUGUAUUUUUAGUCUCAACUUCAGGUUUAGUGAAAUGAGUUCUGAAUACACUUUUCAUUUUGUAGUAUUCGCUGUGCAAUGAACCACUGAUCGAGCUGUCGAACCCCGGAGCCAGUGGAUCCAUCUUCUACGUGUCGAGCGACGACGAGUUCAUCAUCAAGACUGUUCAGCACAAAGAGGCAGAGUUCCUCCAGAAACUCCUGCCUGGAUAUUUUAUGGUGAGCCUGAUGAAAAGUGAAGAUGAUCGUGCACUCUGAUAUCUUCUCUGUCAAUCAUCUCAUCGGUUUCCUCCCCUUUUCGCAGAACAUCAACCAAAACAAGCGCACCCUGCUGCCCAAGUUCUAUGGACUGUAUUGUGUUCAGGCAGGGGGCAAAAACAUCCGAAUCGUAGUGAUGAACAAUCUCUUGCCUCGCAUCAUCCCCAUGCACCUAAAAUACGACCUAAAGGGCUCCACGUAUAAGAGGCGAGCGUCCCCCAAGGAGCGGGAAAAGGCUGUACCAAUUUACAAGGACCUGGACUUUAUCCAGGACAUGCCUGAUGGCCUGCUGCUAGAAGCAGACAACUUCAACGCCCUGUGCAAGACUAUACAGAGGGACUGCUUGGUGAGUCUCAAAGACAAUUGUUUUUAUUGGCUGAUUGAUUUUUAUCAGGAUGUGUUUUAAGGCUAACAGGACACAUUUUGUAACUCAGCAUGUUAUGUAGAUACAGUAAUUUUGACUUUGUUCAUGUGCAGUAGUGACACUGCAGUAAGUGAAAAGUCACUCAUGAUCUGAAAUGCAGAUUUAGAGAUGUUGGGAGACACCACUAUUGCUGAAAUACAGGGCCAUCUAGACAAUACCACUUCGAGGGAAGUUCUGAUUUCAGGGAGACAAUACCAGACCACAUACUGCUCAUAUACCAACAGUGUGGCUCUGUAGUAGAAGAGUCCAGGUGCAUCACUUGCUUGCUUAAAAACCUGACUUGUCCCCCAUUGAAAGCAUUUGGUGCCUCAUGAAACAAUAAACAUGACAAAAGAGAUCCAGGACCAAUAAACUUCGCCCACGCCUCUACGUGACAUGUACGUCAUCAUAUUCACUUCCUUGUUUACAUUGAGAAGAUGAACACGUGUGACACUAAGCUCUCACAUUUACCAACAAAUAUCAUCGCCAAAGUUCAUGCAAGUCAAUUUCCAGAUGUGUUACAUGAAAGCGGAGGUCAACUCUUCUUCACUGCCUGCGAUAUUGUGGUGUAACACAUGCUAAAGUCGUCGCUCAACAGACACUUUUUAACUACAAAACAUGCAAGUAGAACAGCUGAAACUCAAAGAAGACAGAAGGGACAAGUCACAAUGACGGAGGCUGUUGCAUCGAGAACAAUAGCAGUGGCUAAAAAACUCAUAAAAGACUGUUGUUGCUAAUUUGCAAUUGUCCUUGUUCCUGUGAUUUUAACAAAAGAAGCCUUAAAUAAUCGCAACUUUCACCACAAAUUUUUAGAAAAGCUGCAGCAAAAUCAGACAGUUUAGGCCUCAACAAUCACAAAAAAGCCAGUGAAAUUCUUGAGGGACUGAUUAGAUGUAGAAAUAUGCCUGCUGAUCACUUUGAAUCACAAUAUCAUUUUAUUUCAUCAGCUCUUAACCGCUGUGUUUGAUCACGUCAGGGCUUCAGCUGAACUAUUGCUUCUCAACUGGCAUACAUGCCACAGAAAAUAAAUCACAGCUAAAAUCCAGUUUUAGGGAACAGAGAGGAGUUAUUUUAGCAAGAUCUUUUGCACACUGAUGAUGAGACAGUGAUUUGAUAAGUCUUAAUUUAGGCAAAGACGCCUUUUUGGGGGGAUACUUCAGUUCUUACAUCCACUGACAUUUCAAAGGGAGAUAUUUACUCCCCUGAUGCUCCUCAUCUGCAGUCUGUGACACUCAGAGGCAUAAUGGAGACUUCUUUGUCAAGUUUAUGACUAAACAUGUCGCCUCACCUGCGCUCUCUUCACCUGUUUACUGAGAGUCGCUGCCAGAAAAGGGGAAGGGGUUUUAAGUGGAAGCACAUAUGGCAUUUAAACAUUUUUAAUCACAUUUGUUUCAUAAAAAAACUACGGCAUUUAUCCAGAAAAAAAGACUUCACAGUGGCAGUUUUGUUCCAAUGUCAUGCAGCUUUUAUCAGAUUUAUUUUUUAUAUGAUUGUGAUUUCGAACCAUUAUCAUGAAAUGCUGGUGAGUAUUGAGUAUUAUUUCCACAAUAGAGAUAAUGGAUGUGUUUAUUUCCAUGGGCUGCCUACAAGUCGACUGAAAAGCAAACUGUUUUUCAAAGCCAUUCACUGUCGUUAGUUUUGACAGAAAUCUCUGCUAUUUCACAGCACAGGCCAAGGACAUGGUUUCAGAGAAAAGUCUGCUUUGUCAGGCUGUGUUUUUCCCGUCACUCUACGUCGGGCUCCUGCACCAUUUCAGGGCCGUCAGCAGCCCAGUUUGAAAGAGAUGACUCAAGCUUGCAUGACACUGAAAGCUGAUACGUUGUUUACUUUCAGGGAAGAUACCUUUUUUAGAGGAUGAAAGAGACAGGCAGAGAGAGACAGUGUAGGGUUAUCAGAGGUGGGAAAAUGAGGAGCUAAAAAAAGAGGCUGCACAUCCUGUUUUCAUCAAAAUCUUGUUCGAAGAGGAGAAGGAGAAGAAGAAGAACUUUAUUGAUCCCCAAAGAGAAAUGAAAUUUGUUUGUCUUUUUUGCUUUGUACUCGUCAAUUUAUCAAUUUAAUAGUGUGUCACCCAGUCUGUAGGCUAGUUGAUUGGCUAUUGUUUUGCUUGUGUAACAUUCAGCACAUAAAAUGAGGGAUACCAUAAUGAAUGCAGUGUUACCUGUUACCUCUGUACUGCAGGCUUUGUAGUAGGGGUGGAGAAAAAAACAAUACAGCGUAGGCCUGGACGAUAUAGAAAAAAAGCAUAUCGAUAAAAAAUAAAUCAUAUUGAUCGAUAUCGAUAAUUAUCGAUAUAAUUAUUAUAAUUAUUUAACAUAUAUUUUAAUUGCAGCCCUGGAUGUUUUAUGCUAUUGCUUAAUGACCUACUUUUAAUAAAGUACACACAAGCACUGAAUUCAAAUUCAAACCUUUAUUCAACCACCUUUUUUAUUUUACCACAACUGAAAGUUUUUUAAAAAAGAACCAAAAAAAAAAAGAAAUCAACUUAAGUGGCCUGAGUGACGUCAGUAAAUACUGACAAACAUAAAGACUAAAGUGACCAGAAAAUCUGAUAAAUAAGUAUUUACAUAGUCUUUUGAUGAAAACAAACAAAUAUAUAAAUAAACAGAAUAGCUUUAGGUGGGAAUAGCAUACUACCAGUUUUAACUGUGUGGGAAACUGCCCACAGCCUGGUGUCUGAACACUGAAAUAUUUCUCCCGGGGUCGGGAGAUUUAUUUUUUUUAAUUAUCAUGUGAUUGACUUAAUACACAAACUAAGCACGAGAAGCAGGACUUAUCCACGCCGGUGUUGUGUCGUAGAAUGCACCCCUGCCGAAUGUACCCCCUGCUAGUAGCCAUGAUCCAAAUACUCGCGUCUUUGUAAAAUAUGAGCUCAUUUGAACGUAUUUCCUCCGCACCCUUCUCACCUUUUCAACCCCUGACCCAUUUUCAUGCCUGAAGCGCUGUGUUUGAGAAAUACUUGCGGCCGGGCACUUCAUAUCGCGGGUCGAGAGUGGCUAGAAGCUGGUCGAAGCCAGGCUUUUCAGCGGUAGUUAUUGGCAGUAUGUCCCUCGCUAUGGAGCAUGUUACUGCAUGGGUGAUGUCCUUAUGCCGCUUGGACGCUUUGUCUUAUUUUUGGCAAGAAACGAAGUCCAGUUUGGUCUGCUUCACAUGCUUUGUGCUGGUGCUGGCAGCGGUUCCAGAGGAUUCCUCCGACGAUGACGUGGAGCCGCGGCGCGGCCGACACAGCUCGUACUCCUGCGGGUGCGAUCGGUUUAGAUGGUAAAACAAGUUGGUUGUGUUACCAGACUUCGUUUUUACUAAUUCUCUGCAAAUUUUGCAAACGACCGCUGUUCGCUUUUUGUCAGACUUCUAAAAACCAAAACAUUGUCAUGCUGGUGAACUACUGAAACCUUUUUUCGGGACAAUGUCCUCCGCUUCUCCUUGCUGUAUCAUUUUUUCUAAUACACGUGCUGUCUGUUGUGGUUUGAUAGGGGCUGGGCUUGGUGCCGUAGCGUACCUGGGUCUGCGUUUGUGAUUGGUUGGGAGGAGGUAAUGACUGUAGUAAAAGCUACAUGAUAGGCUAUGAUGAAAAAGAAAGGGAAACUGUGUUUUUCUAUCGAACUUUUUAUCGACCCGUUUUUUUUCUAUCGCACCACACGUCUAUCGAUCAUAUAUAUUGUUAUCGAAUUAUCGUCCAGCACUAAUACAGCGUAGUAUCGCGGUAUUUUGUCCGGUGAUGUCUCAUUUACCAAGAAUCGAUUUUUUCAAAUUAAUUGCUAAUGUGAAGUCAAAUCUAUGAAAAUGCAGAAAAAUCAAUUGUUUGUCCAAUGAAGUUUGUAGAGGUGACAACAUGAAGCAGGAGAAAGUUGGUACGACAAACAUGACAGCACCAUGACACCAGCAGCAGGGCACACAUGAGAUGGACCUGACACAUGAGGUUUGCUGCAUCAAAAUAAAAUACAGCUUAAAUAAGACAAACAUAAGAGAAAGACAAAUGCUAAAUCAGCUUAGCAGUUAAAAAAACUGUAUAAAUAAUAUCGUAUUAUGGCCGAAGUAUUGUGAUCGUAUCAUAUCUAGGGGCCACUUGUGAUUCCCACCCCUACUUUGUAGUGAACACAGUGUAAUGUGCUGUUUUCAUCGCAGUGAGCCACCCUCAACCAUGUCGGUUGGACAGUUUACAAAAGAUAUCCCCCACUUCUCUCUCCUCUGAGUUGUCCCUUCUCUCUCUCUCUCAAUGCAGCGCAGUAAAAAGGAGUGAUUAAGGGCUUUUAACCUUAAAAAAAAUGAGCAUUAAAAUCAAGAAUCUCAAGCUGACAUUUGAUUGAUGUAAGCAGAACUGGUGUUGGUUGGUAAUGCCCGCUUGAAGGCCCAUGUCUUUCUCUAUCAGCAGAUUAGUAAAGUAGAUAUUAGUAAAGUAACACAUUAUAAAGCGCCUGCUGCCAGUAUGACAUUUUGAACUACAACCAAUAAGGGUGCAAUGGCAUCAUCAGAAACAUGGUAGCUAGAGAGCAAACGUGUCUCGAUGCUGUCAUGGACCUGUGACAGCAUGAAACAAUAGGUCCUCCUGGUCAAAAGUGCAGCUUUGUUUGAGCUCCAGUGGAUCAGAAGGGAGGGGAAAGGUAACUACAGAGCCCAUUGUUCCAUGCAUGCCUGCCAGUCUGCCUGCUGCCUCAGAUGUAGCAAAAAUGGUGAAUACUGGAGUUGGUGGUGAGGAACAGAGAGGCGAUUUUCAGUCUGGCGUGUAGCAGCAUUGUGGUUUCAUUAUGUCUAGAUAUGAGGAAGGAGAAGAGUCGACGGAUGAACAGCUUUGUGCAUCCAGUGAUGGGUCUGUCCAAGACUCUAAAAUCUAAAAAUCUAAAACAUUUGAGCUUAUUAGCACCUCUACCAACCCUCUUGGGUCCCAUGACAUUAUAUAUCUCACAUUGAACCGCAUUUAAAUCAGACCACUGCUGUGCAAACAAACAUUCAUUAUCUGAGCAAUAUUAAAUUCCUAGCUAACAGAUGUGAAAUCACACAAAUAAAUAUUUCAGUGGUUAGUUGCUUGCAAAAUGGUUGGACUCAUGAGGAGGCCUAAAGUUUGGCUCAUUACCUUCGACAGUCUUCAGGUUGGGGAAAAAAAGGUGAAGUUUUUGGUUGUUGCUGCGGUAAAGUUCCACCCUCCUCUGAAUUCAACAGUGGGAAUCACACCCAAACUUUGAAAAUACGAAUACAGUGUUAAAAGCAGCUGGAAAACUCUAAAAAGGUGACAGAUCAACUACGAUGUGUUGAAAGUCCAGACAGGAAAGUAACGAUUAGGCAACUUAAAUAAAAUGUCAUCUUGUCUCAUUAUUUUACAUCAAGAAAAACAGAAAAUUUAACUUUCAUGAAACAGUUUUGUGUGGGAGAAAUUUUUUUAGAUUAAACUGUUCAGCUUCCUUUACUCACGGCAGAGUUUUGCUCCUAUGAUAGACUCUCAUGUUGUCAUGAUUUAUUCGCAGCUCUUGCAGAGUUUCAAGAUCAUGGACUACAGCUUGCUGAUGGGGAUCCACAACAUGGAUCAGGCCAUUCGGGAGCGAGAGCGUGUCGGGGCCAACUCGGGGGACAGUGGGGGCUCAGAGGGAGCGGUGACCCCCGAUCAGCGUCGGCCACAAGCUCAGAAAAGUCUUUACUGCACGGCCAUGGAGUCCAUUCAGGGAGAGGCUCGAGGGAAGGGAGUUCUGGACUCUGAAGACCAGUAAGUUUGAUCGCUGAGCUGACCAGAAGCAGAGCUGAGAGUGUGUUUUUGUCGUUUGGUCUGUAAACACAACAUGACAAAUAAUUUUCUCUGAAUUUGUUCCUCCAGCAUGGGCGGGAUUCCAUCACGCAAUAGUAAAGGAGAGCGGUUACUGAUCUACAUCGGUAUUAUUGACAUCCUCCAGUCCUACAGGUCGGUGUCUCACAGCAGUCUUCACAGCUCUUCUUGAACACGAGCCUCUACUUGAACCAGUUAAAUAACUUCAAGUACUUUCCCAUUUGUUCAGGUUUAUUAAGAAGUUGGAGCACUCCUGGAAGGCUUUAGUCCAUGAUGGGGUAAGAGCUGAACAAAGAAGAGUGAAUCCAUUUAUCUGAUCAGAGUAAUGUAAAGUUGUAGUGUGUCUUUUUUGAACUGUUAAACAUUUUUAUUCAGACAGUGAAAGUCAGCCAUUCAAAGCUUCUGUAGUUGGCUGCUGUGAUGACCUUCUGUUUUUCUUUGUCUUUUGUUGUUUGUAAACUGUUCAUCUUUGGGUUUCGGACUCUUUAUUGGAGAAAUCCAAGUGUCAAAAGAUAUCACUUUGGACUUAAUGAAGUGAAGGUGGACAUUUAAAUGGUUUACUUAAGGUUAACAUAAAUGGUAAUGUCAUUUAAUGAUUGAAUUAGUAAAAAGGAGUGAGAUACUGUAUGUAUGUAUCGAACAGUUAAUCAGUGUAUAUAGAUGAGAUCUGCUAAAUUUGAGGAGAACCUGCGACCUGUCAUUCUAUAGCUUAAAGGCCACAUUAAUAAUGGAGAGAUUUUGAGAAUAAAGUCAGGGGAUUUUGUGAGUAAAGCCGUUCUUUGAUAAAGAUGAAGCCAUUAUGGAAAAGUUCACAAAUUUAGAAAAAAAAAGAGGCUUUAAAUUUACAUCACUAAACUUUUAAAUAAAGCUGCAUAUUUACAAGAAAAUCAUUUGGGGAGGGAAAGACCACGUGUUUUGUUAUGUCUACUGACAGUGCAGAGACUUCAGGAAUUUUAGAUAACAGAGACUUUCCUCUAGUGUUGUGAAAGAAACAAACUUUUUCACAGAAAUUUUCACUAUCAUGUGAACAGCAAAGCACACAGCACUUUAUAACUAAUCGUAUAUUGAAGUGCUCAAAGUAAGAAACCACACACUUCUUCCUGCAAAGUGAGCUCAAGCGUAUUUAGGUUUUGUGGACUCCGGAAAUGAAAAUACGAUAUAGAACGUGCUUGUUAGAAUUUCAUUGCGCCUUCUUGCAAAAAAAAUGUUUAAAGAAUGCAGAUUUAUGUAUCUGUGUCACACUGUAACUUUGGAAACAGUACGCUGUGUGAAGUGUUGAUUAAAAACAGAAUUUGAUGGUUGAUGGAAAACCUACUUUUGCAUCUCAGAAGUAGGUUGGAAUAAUUCAGCAAAAAGGAAGAAGGUCAAUUCAGCUAUUUUGAUAAGGUGCGAACACACUGGUGUUUUGAAACCACAAAAUAGUUUUAGUGCAAUGUUGAACUCAAGAAAAUGACGUGAGAAAUAGAUGCUCAUUUUAAAAUGACUUUGACAACAUUUUUUUAAGCCUGCUGAUCAAAUAAUUGACAUUGAGCAAACAUCAAAUGUUUUUUCUUGUUCUAACGGCUCUGAUGCUUUUGUUCCUCGGUAGGACACAGUUUCGGUUCACAGACCUGGCUUCUAUGCAGAUCGUUUUCAACAGUUUAUGUGCAACACGGUGUUCAAGAAAAUUCCACGUGAGUAUACACACCUGUGAAUGUAUUUGUUGUUGAUUUCCCGGCACAGUGACCGUGGUGAUAAUCGUGUAGUCACCCGUACUUACUCUGUUCCUCCUUCUUCAGUAAAACCUUCGCCUUCUAAGAAGAGCCGUGGUGGAGGUCAGGGAGGUCUUAGGAGGGCCCCAACUCUAGGAGGUCCCACCCCACUCUCCCACGUGACAGGACAGUCAUCUAUUGACUCCAGACUAGCCUACCACAGCCACUACAAAAGCACAGACUCAGAAGCAGACUGUGGUAAACAAAACAACUGAUGUGUAAUGAAGUAUACAUGUUACUUUUUUUUAUCCACACUUUUACUCACUGCGUUCUCGUCACUUCAGGAGUGCAAUCAGGCAGACCUGAUCUUGUUCCAAGGACCCCCCCACCCAUAGAAAAUGUUGCUGACUGUGAGGCCAACCUUUCCACCUCAUCUGUAGGCAGCACAGGAGUCGCCUCUGGCUCUCCUCCCCUCCGGUAAUAAAACCAAUACAUGACGUUUAAUCGUUGACUUUAAACUUAGAUUUUCUUUGCACUGAACCUUUACCGUUUCUGCAGGUCUGUUGGAGUGGAGGUACACACAUCAGCCAACACAGACCUUGACCAGGGGGGUCCCUCCAGGUACAGGAGGCAGUGGUAGCUUGUAAAAUUUCAGCCUCAGCAAGUUAAAAACACAAAUCAAAUCCUAACCUGCUGGUGUGUGUAUUCUUUUUUCCAUUCCAGUUUGGGGGCAGAAGAAGCUGCAGAUAAUCCAGGCAACCUAUCUGGAAACGAGGAUGUAGUCUCACUCUCCGACAUCAUCCCUGAGACUAACAUCAAUUUCGUAAGUAUAAACCGUACGUUUUAAAGUCUGAAAACUUUUCAAAAGUGUUUUUUUUCAGGUAGUUUUUGGUGCGCUUAUCGAACCUUUUUAGCUCUCACUUUGGUUUCAUCUCCAACAGUAGAAAGCAGACGCCGUGCCAUGGGAAGACGAGGAUAUCUCAUGAUCAGUCCAGAUGGAUUGAAGAAUAAACACCUGUCAACACGGACCCUCCGCUGCAUCUCUGUUGUUCUUUAAUCUGUAGAGUCAACACGGGACUGGCUGGAUGAAGCAGCGAGUUGCAGUGGAGGGUGUGGCAAUGAAGAGCGCAGUGUGUGUGGUAGGCCUCGGCCUUUAACGCUGUCACCGUGCGCACACAUUUACCACAAACUUCCCAAAAUGUUUUAUAUACACAACCUGGAAAAAAAGCAUAAAGCUCUAAAUUGGCAGCUCUUUGGUAGCUGCAGCAUCAAAACAUUAGAUAGAGAAUGAUAUUCUCUAUGUGCACAAAAUGAAGGAUACUGCGGUUACACCACAAACAAAAUAAUAAGCAGUACAUUGUGAAGGAAAGACCAAUUUCACCAGUGAUGAAGGCGCUGGUGAAGGUGGUCAAAUCACCCCUGAAGAGUUAAUCAUCCACAUUUUGCUGUAUAAAGCAGGAACACAUACACACAAGAGCACACAGAGUGCACAGCCUACAUUUGUUGGAGUGAGCAUCUCCUUGUGCGUUCAUGCACAGCCUGAAUGAAUUCACAUCGCUGUGAUUCUCAUUUUGUUACUGUUACUGCACAUCGAUUUCCCCUCAGCACUCUUCGUGCACUUCAAGCUAUCACUGCUCGUCGUUCAAAUCAACACGUACUGCUGUCUACUCUGCAAUCAUUUCUGUAUUUUUUUUAUGGUGGUUGUACAGUGUUUAUGUUUGAAAUAGCAGGAGGAUAGGUGGGAACACCUACACGGUGGUUUUAUGAUCUUAAGUUAAUCUGCUGGAAACCACAGCGGUGCUGCAGAGGUUCAACUAGAUCGAGCAACCGCUAAAUAUACAUUACAUUGUUUUUCUCAUGCAGAAUGUGUCUUAUUUAUAACACGGCAAAACACAUUUGUGCGACUCCUGAAAAAGCCCCCCUCUGAUGUGACUAAUGUGCUGGAGUCUAAAUGAAUCAAAGAGAAGAGCAUCGCUGGCCAUUAGAUGCUCUUAAAUGAAGGGUGUUAAAGCUAAUGGAAUAGUUCCAACUUCUGACAUUGUCUGUGCCUUUUACGUGUUAGCCUCUUCUCAAAUACAGGAAAUGUAACUGGCAUUUGUUACAGGUUAGUGUAGUAACUCACAGAGAAAACCUGCCUUACCUCUACUACUGCUAAAGUCAACAAACUGCCGCCUGUCAGCUGUCAGGUUUCUGAAAGAGUUUUCGAUUUGAGGGUGUAAAUCCUGAUUUUCACUAUGAUCUGGUGUUGAAUUGACUCUUUAGACAGCAAAAUGUUAUUUGAAGAUAGUAAAAGGUCUGCCAGUUUUUUACCAAGUUUUACACUUUAAAGUGUACGAUAGUUUUUAAGGGUCAUUAAAUAGAAACAGUUACAUUUUGGUCAACUUGCAAAUGUUUUGACCAUAGACUGUAUAUACUAUGGACAACUUGGUUCCGCCUCCCACCUGCAUACGGAUUUGAAGCCAAAAGGCUCUCAGUAUUUCCGUGAUUUUUCUUCAUUUCCUGAAACCAGCGCUGUGCUGAGAGUGGCUGUGAUGCUACGAAAUCCCUAAACGCCAAUAGGCUGUAUCAGGUGUCAAUCAUAGAAAACAUGAACCCCCUAAUAACUUUUAAAAACGGAGCUGUACAGAAAAAAAAGAGGACUUGAGCACAAACCAGUCUUACUGUAAUUACAUGUCAACAUCGCAAGCAGGGGGGAGAAAAUUUUAUAUUCUGCGUAAUAACUUUCUAAAGUUUGUCCACAGCUCCAUAAGCUUUGCUGGCGGAGGCGGGAUUUAUGACCUAUACUGCAGUCUGUCAACAGAGGGUGCUGUUCUCGGGGUGGCUUCACCCAGCAAGGAGGCAGACUCUGUCCAUUCUAUAUACAGUCUAUGGUUUUGACGGAUUCAUCCCUUAACUCUUGAGAGACUUUUUAAUGGGACAAACUUUUCUUCUUGAAUCAAAACUAAACUGGACAUUUUGUUACACUAACCUGCCAUUAGAGUUUCAGAGAAGAGGCGCAUCAUAAAGAUGACACUAAGAAUCAGUGUUUUCAAUUUGUAUGCAUGAUAUGGAAUCAUUGAUCUUGAAUUGAUCACACUGCCACCACAGCACUGGCUGCAUGUUUUUCCAGUGUUAGGUUUUGGUCUGAAGGUCCGUCAGCUCAUCUCUCCUGUAUGAUACUGUAGAGAUAUUAUCGUUCAUUUCUGCUGGCUCCAGAAAUGACAGCUUCCCUCAUCUAUUGUAAGACCUGUAUCACAAAAGUCUGCAUAACUCCUGUUUAAAUCUGGUCUUGUGGUCUUACGCAGCUUUUAUUCCACCUUCUGUAAGAAUAACGCUUUUCUUCAUAGUUUUUUGGACGUGGAUCUUUUAACAGCACUAAACAAGUUCUUACAGUGGCUGUCAGCUUGAUUUGCGUUCCUGCAGCAAAACUUCCCACCUUAGACGUCAUCUCAUCGGAUGUAUUAGUUUUUAUUUUUGUAAGGCACAUGUGGUCUAUGCAGCAGAGAGGGAGAGGGAGAAACAUGAGCUGUGGAUGGAAGGAAAACUUCUCAUGUUUAUUGUGCACAACUGAGGAUUAAGGACUGAGCCUUUUUGUAUUAAAAGCCAGUCAUGGCACCAAAGAAAAGCGAAGAGAGUUCCUGUGAAGGUUCAGGAUUCAAGUGAAAAUGAAAGUAGACACUCCUGAAUGCCUGCUUUGACUUGUAUUGUUGUAUAUGGUAAUAGCACUGGGAUGACCUGUGUUUGAGGAUAUUUGAGAAGACUGGAUUUUAUUUUUUACUUUUUAUUUUUUGGUCAAAAUAAUUUCCUGUUUGAGAAGUUGGAUUUGACUUAAUCUCAGUCCCCUUAAGAUUUCAGUUUCAUUACCAGAGAAUUGGUUUACACUGUGGACCGAGACAUUUCAAGACUAAAACUCCACAUUCCUGUGAAACUGAAGUUGAAUUUACUACAAUAGCUGUAGCUCUUAGAAUCUGCUAUUUACCAACUUUUGUGUAGUUGGGAUGAUAAAAACUUGGUAUUGAUUAUUUCUCGUAUGUGCUGAUAUGUAGAUUAUUAAAUAUUUUUGACAUAUUUGAUGGUUGAGUGUGAAACAGCCACCAAAGAAAACACUCUGAGAAGUCAUUGGAGAAAAAAAUACAGAUUGUCUCUGUGACACCCGCACUUUGGUGUGAUCUCUGUCCUCUCUUUGAAUGGCUGGUGCUGUGUAAUUACUGGAAGCAAACCAGUUCUGUCACAGUUGUUAUGUUUUACACUAUGGCACAAAAAAAACAUCAUCCUUUGGUGCUUUGAAGAGCAACACACUCAGCAUAGACACUACAAUAUAUUUGAAGUAAUGCAAUAUGAACCACAAUCUGCAACCUUUGAGCGUUUAGAAGGGUAUUUAUAAUUUAAUGAAGGAUUGCUGCAGGCUGAAAUGAUAAAAGUUGUAUUAUAUACCGUAGAUGAUUGUACAAAUAUUGUGUACUGACAGAAGGAUGUCUGAAACUUUAUAAUGUGUGUUGCCCAUGAAGGAGGACUAUUUGACAGCUUCACUUUUUAUAUUUCAUGUUUAGAUUGUGAUAUGAUAGAUUUUCUCCAUGACGAUUCUGGGAUGUUAAUCUCCCACGCUUUUUUCUACAUGAAUGUUUCACACGGCUUACAAGCCAACAUUGCUGGUUGUCCUAUAUGCUUCAAUUACUAUAUUUUUACUGUGUAUAAAAUGUGUAUAUGUACAUAGGAGUCACGGAAAUGCCUUCUCAUGCAAUAUAUGCUGCCUGUCCCUCCUGCCAUGUUUCAUUUAUGUGGUGGUGAUGUUUUCAUGUCUUAUUUUAAAGGAUUAAACAUAUUUUCUAAAUCAUG